UUCUCGCCAGCUGAUUGGAUAGUUUGACGUCAACUGAAUGACGAACACGGAUGUGCAAGGGAAAAAAAGCAACACUGUGUUCAUCUGACUGAUGGCUGCCUCAAGGAAACUGGCGUCUUUCCGUCUGCCUCCCUUGCCUACAGUCAGUGAGCUCAUAAAGCUGUACAACCUGCGAGCGGAGAAACAGCUCUCCCAGAACUUUCUGUUGGACUUGAAGCUCACAGACAAAAUAGUGCGUCAGGCAGGCAACUUGAGUGAUGCCCAUGUGUGCGAGGUGGGUCCUGGACCUGGAGGUCUCACCCGCUCCAUCCUUAAUGCCGGGGCAAGAGAUCUGCUUGUGGUGGAGAAGGAUACGCGCUUCAUCCCAGGGCUCAAGCUCUUGUCUGACGCAGCACCUGGGAAGUUGAGGAUUGUCCAUGGUGACAUUCUCACCUUCAGAAUGGACCGAGGAUUUCCAGUCGAUAUCGCAAAGCCAUGGGAGGAAGAUCAACCAAACCUUCACAUCAUAGGGAAUCUCCCUUUCAAUGUCUCCACGCCCCUCAUGAUUAAAUGGCUGGAGAACAUAGCCAACAGAACGGGGCCCUUCGCCUACGGACGCACCCGACUCACACUCACGUUCCAGAAGGAGGUGGCAGAGAGGUUAACAGCCAGCACAGGCAGCAGACAGAGAAGCCGUCUUUCUGUUAUGGCUCAGUAUCUCUGCACAGUCCACAACUGUUUCACCAUCCCCGGGCGAGCCUUUGUCCCUAAGCCAGAGGUGGACGUGGGAGUUGUUCACUUCACCCCUCUGGUUAAACCUCAGAUCGAGCAGCCUUUCAAACUGGUGGAGAAACUCGUCAGGAAUGUUUUCCAGUUCCGCAGGAAGCACUGCCAUAAAGGAGUAGAAAAGUUGUUCCCUGAGGCGUGUCGUGUUGAGCUGACACAGGAGAUGAUGCAGAAGGCAGAUGUGGACCCCAUUCUACGGCCAACAGAACUCACCAUACCUCACAUCAGGGCUUUAGCAGAUGCCUACGCUCAUCUCUGCACCCAUGAGCCCAGUCUCAUCAAAUAUGAGUUCAGGGAGGAGCUCAGAAUGAAAAACCUCACAAAGCAAAGAAGAACACCAAUGGGCACAUUUAGUGACAUGACAACUGGCACACCAGAGAGUCCUCAACAACCCUGCUGAUAAAAAAAGAGCAAGGAAACCGAGAGAAGUCCACUAAUAGCCCCUGUUAGCACAAGGAAACAACAGUCUGCUCUUAGCUGUGCCAUUUCCACCUGGCACAAGCAUGAAUUUUUUAAAUGUUGUUCCCUGCACUCAGGGAGUGAAAGGUAACUUGCUAUAUGUGAAAUCCUUGGACUGAGCGAAGGAGCAAAAGGCGUAUUCAAGGUCCUAAGUGUGGUGGAUCAGCUCCAAGGCCUUGUUCCGGGAUUUGGUGAUUAAAAGCAGAGUCAUAUAUUUUGGGGAGAUAAAGAAUGCAUGCUCAUUACCCACAGUGGCUCUCAAAGAGUUUCUUUUUAUGUCCCAAUUCUUCCUUCAGUCCCAACUUGCAUAACACCUUGUCCCGUGGGACCUGAAAGAAAUGUCAGAAUGUUUUCAGGGUGAUUUAGAGAAUGGGAACAACAUGGUAGAGCAAUAUCCAGGGCAUUUUCCUUUCACUAUGAACUAUAUUGCGUAGCCAUUUGGGAGACACGGCCUAAAGGGAGGAGAAAAGUGGUGGGAAAUUGUGAGCUUUGAAAGACGCUUCUCUGACUUAUCUUCAAGGAAGGUAACCAACAGUGUAUUCCUUAAUUUAAAAAAAGAUCAUUAAUACUCAGUUGGCAAUUGAGACAAAUGAAAUCAAGCCAGUGACUUAAAAAAAAAUGUGUUCACGUUUGUUGUAUUUAAAAUAAA